AUGGUAGUCCCACCUCCACCCCAACGAGGCACGGAAGGCCCUGUUCUUCCAGAAGCACAGGCUUUGAAGGCGAACCCUGUGGAGGGUCGUGGUCGGCAAGCUACCAUCAGUGAAUCGACUUCUCCUGCUUCCGUGAGUCGGCCUGGGGCCAGUACGAAUCCUAGUGGCCGAGAACUAUCACCCUUGACUGAAGAGCGUAGCUUGGAGAUUGAUGAACGUGUUGUUGAUGGCCCCGAGAUGAGGAAGGACAGUUCCACUGAAGACCACAUGAAACGAAUGCGGAGUGGAUCCAGCAAUAUCAUGGUAGCGGUUAGAACGAGGAGUCUCCUGCCCUUUGAAAAGGCUCAAGGUGGAAGGGAAGUCCUCAGGGUGCUGGAGAAUAAGGUGGUGGUGCUGAUGGAUCCGGGGACGACGGCUAGUGACGACUACCUCCGUCUGAACAAGUCUAGAGAACGCCGGUACGCCUUUGACCAUGUAUUCGAGGCCAACUGCACCCAGAGCCACGUAUACGAGAACACCGCUCAGUUCCUAAUACCUGGUGUGCUACAAGGUUUCAACGCUACUGUUUUCGCGUAUGGGGCCACAGGAGCGGGCAAGACCUACACCAUGCUCGGUAGCUACACACAGCCUGGGACUAUGAAUCUCACGCUGAGAGAUCUCUUCGAUCACGUUAAGGCCCUGAAGCGACGCAAUGAGAAGCACGUUCAGAUCAAGUGCAGCUUCCUGGAGGUCUACAACGAGAAUAUUCGAGACCUGUUGGCAUCCUCGAGCUCCGAUUACCUCGAUCUGCGUGAGGACCCGGUGAAAGGGAUGAGUGUGGCCGGUAUCAGUGAGGUCGGUGGUCUCGAAUCAGCCCAGGAGAUAAUGGAACUCCUACAACGCGGCAAUAGGAACCGCACUACAGAGCCCACUUCAGCCAAUGAGACAUCCUCUCGAUCCCACGCUGUGCUCCAAGUGGUGAUUGAGCAACGGGAGAAAGGGUCUGGUCUCGUUGCUGAGGUCCUUGUCGGGAAGCUGUCGAUGAUAGACUUGGCGGGCAGCGAGCGGGCCAGUCAAACCAACAACAAGGGGCUGCGGAUGAUCGAGGGAGCGAACAUCAAUAGGUCCUUGCUGGCCUUGGGGAACUGCAUUACAGCAUUAGCAGAUCAAGCAGGGGGAAAGCAGAGCAGCUUCGUCCCAUAUAGAGACUCAAAGCUCACACGCUUAUUGAAGGACUCCUUGGGAGGAAAUUGUCGUACCGUAAUGAUAGCUAAUAUAUCACCGUGUCAUCUCAAUUAUGAGGACACUCACAAUACGCUCAAGUACGCCAAUAGAGCGAAGAAAAUAAAGACUAAGGUUACGAGGAAUGUGCUCAAUGUGAGCUUCCAUAUAUCCAAAUACACGCAGAUCAUAAAUGAACUCAGAGCUAUGGUGGGGAAGGUUCACAUUGUCACAGAUCUCCGACAGAAACUUGCAACGAAAGCACAUGCAGUCACACCAGAGGAACUGAUGUCCCCUACGAACGAUCCCGAACGGGAGGCCUCAGAGAGGUGGCGACAAGAGUUGGUGAAUAACGUGGAGGAGCGUGUCCAGCUAAAGCGGAGCCUUAUUGAUACAGAGAUUGAAGGCCAAUCACAGCAGACUGCCAAGGCUGGUGUGAUGCUAUCGAUCAGUCGCUGGGAGGAGCAGACUACCAAUAAAGAAGCUCCAAGUGAUAACGAAGGGCAGCAAAAAUCAAUAGGGGCACUGCAGCAGGAGCUGAGCUCUAUAGAGGAGUCAAUCACGGCAAACGAGAAGAAUCGCCACAUGCUGGCCCAGCGUCUGAAAGAUAACGAGGAAGUUCUACGCGCCCUUCAAGCUGAGCUCCCGAACACAGUCCACAACGACGAUGUACGCGCAUUCCUCGAGCUCAUGUUCCGGAAUCAGGUGCUCGAAGUGGAGGCGAUGGAAUCCUAUGAGCAAGCCCAACAGAUGCUGAAGGCGCACGAGAUGAUUUACCAAAUCAGACUGCGAGAUCAAAUGCUGGAGGAACACCGCCUUGUGCUCACCGACGAGCAGCGUGGUCAGGUCGAUAGAGUCAACAGUCACGCUUCGUAA